AUGUUGGUCAACCCUGCUUUAUCUUUGCGCAUGAUUCGUAUCUGCGUGGCCUGCCCCAGCAUUCUGAGGCUUCGAGGCAUUUCUGCGACUGGCCAUGGCUACUUUAAGACACAGUAUGGCAUCGCACGUUGCCCUUACCUUCAAGAACCUCCUUGCAUGCACAGCCUCGUCGUUCUCGUCCUCGGCAUGAGUGAUAACUCCCCCUCGCCCUCCAGCGCGGCCGGGUCCUUUCGGUUUCGAGGCGAGGCGGCGGGGGGCAGUGGUUUUCAGUUCCGAAGGCCUUUUGCCAGGCCUCCUGAUGUCCUGCAAGUUUUCGGUGCCAAGUUGCUAGGCGUCUGA